AUGACAGAACCAGUUAAAGAAAUUGCCCUUGGUAAGGCAAAGGCCAAGGAACCAAACAACAUAGCUAACCUUCCCCAGCCAGAGGAAGAGGCUGCAACUAUAAACAACACUUUUGAAACCUUAAAGAAAUCUGUCGAGCAGAAAAAUCCUUGGGACCUCUCAUUCACGUCACUAAAAAUAAACAAAGAAAGUAAACAAAGCAUUGAAACAAAACACGUAAUGGCAGAAAACCCGGUUGUGGCUGGCCCCUCCGUGACUAUCACGCAAACACGAGGCUCCAACUUUUGGAAAAUAACCCAUAUAGACAAUCAGAGAGUUUCAAUGCUUCCCGAACUCUAG